AAUGACUUGCACUUGCGUUUCUCUCUCUCUUCUGGUGGGGCUGUUGUCUUUCUUCCCAUUUUCCUUUCUCUUUCCCCCGCUUUGCAAUUUGAUGAAGGACUUGAUGACUGACUGGUCUCUUACCUCUCUGGCUUCCCUACUUUUUUAAUUGUGGGCUUGCUCUGUUUCCAGGAUCUCAAGGACUUUAUGCGCAAGGCUGGAGAAGUCUCUUUUGCUGAUAUUCUCAAGGACCGAGAUGGUGAAGGUGUUGUUGAGUUCCGCUCUCGCUCAGACAUGAAGGCUGCUCUUGAACGAUUGGAUGGUCAAGAAUUGAACGGACACGAAGUCACUCUCCGUGAGGCUGAUAAGGACCGUCGCUCUAACCGUCGAUCACGUAGCCGCUCUGACAGUCGAUCUCCUCCUCGUCGCAGCCGUCGUCGCUCCCCAUCUCGUUCCCGCUCCAGAUCUCCUCGUCGCUCGUCUCGCCGUGACCGUGACGAUGAACGCCGUCGCUCUCCUUCCCGUGAUCGUUCAGCCUCCCCUGAACGUGAUAGCGAGGACCGUAAUGGAAAGAGAAGCUCUUCUCGUCGUGACCGCAGUGCUAGCCGCAGCCGAAGUCCUGCUAAGGAAGCGUUCUCUGACCGUAGCCGAUCUGGAUCCCCUGCUCCUCGUGAAGAAGAAGGCGAUAUCAGCCCAAUGAAGGAUUAGACAGCGACUCG